AGACAGCCCAAGUCUCUGCUCUCUCAUCCACUUCUCUCACCUCCUCCUCCUCAGGAAUCAGGUGCACCUGUGAGCCCGAGCCAUGUCCUGCUGCAAGCCCUGUGACCCUUGCUGCCAGCCCUGCGGCCCCUGCCCGCUGGCCAGCAGCUGCAAUGAGUGCUGUGUCAGGCAGUGCCAGAGCUCCCACGUUGUCAUUGAGCCGCCUGCUGUGCUGGUGACCCUGCCUGGGCCCAUCCUCAGCUCCUCCCCACAGAACACCGCCGUGGGAUCCUCCACCUCUGCUGCUGUUGGCAACAUCCUCAGCUGUGGCGGAGUGCCCAUCAGCUCUGGGGGCUUUGACAUCUCCUGCAUCACCAACUGCUAUGGUGGCAGCAGGUGCCGUCCCUGCUAAAGCUCCUGACAACAUCCCUGAGAAAGAUUCUUUCAGAUCUCAGAAUCUGGCUCUGGCCACGGCCUAGAGCUUUGGGAUAUUUUCUUUACAGCUUCAUGGCACUGGGGCAUUGUUCCCUUCUUUAAUUUUCUCUUUCUUCUUUUUACUCCCCAUAUCUUCCCAAGCUAGCCUAGUGGAGAUGUGUUGUUCUCCCUCCUUCAUUAGGAUAGGCAGAUGGACACCCUGCUGAAGCUCCAUCGCUCCUUAGUGGCUGCUUCUGGUGCUCUCUGCGAGCCACCCACUUUUCUUCUUUUGACUCAAUAAAGUUGUUUUACAUCCAA